AUGGCCGAGUACAAGCUAUCUUAUGAGUCGCAGUUGGACGCCUUCCACCCCUCCUUCCGAUGGGAAAGCCGCGAGCCCAGGGAAGACUGGAAGACUGCUGCUCUACGAGGUCCAGCCUUACCAGUUCUGGGAAACGCAGUUGCUGGUGCCGUCGGCUCAGCGAUCUCAAAUGUUGUCGUCUACCCUCUCAGCGUUAUCGUCGCCCGGCUCCAAACCCAAGCCAAGAAAGACAACACCGAUGACAAAUCUACCGGUGAUGAUGACGAGUACACCGACAUCCUUGAUGCAGCCUACAAGAUAUACGAGGAGCAAGGCGUCGCUGGGUUUUAUCCUGGCCUCGCACAGGACACUUUUAAGACGGUCGCUGAUUCAUUCUUGUUCUUCCUCGCAUACAACACGGUUCGGCAACGGAGGAUAAUCGCACGUGUCGGACCCGCUCGCGCAGCAAAGAGCAGAAAUAUAGUGCUUCCAGUCUUCGAUGAACUUGCUAUCGGUAUCGUGGCAGGCGCAUUCGCAAAAUUGUUUACCACACCGCUGUCGAAUAUAGUGACUCGCAAGCAGAUCGCAGCUCGCAAAAGCGACCGAGGAGAGAAAGAGGCAACAACCGGGGAAAUUGCAGCUAAAAUCCGGACUGAAAAGGGCAUUCUUGGCUUCUGGUCGGGGUACUCUGCUUCUCUAAUCUUGACCUUAAAUCCUUCUAUCACUCUCUUCCUCAACGAGGUGUUGAAAUAUGCUCUUCUCCCUCGCUCCAAACGCGAGAGACCAUCCGCCGCCGCGACGUUCUUGCUGGCCGCUUUGAGCAAGUCGGUCGCCUCGUCAAUCACCUAUCCAUUUUCUCUAGCGAAAACCAGGGCACAGGUUAUGGGAAUUUCUCAAAAGUCGACUAGUUCGCACUCUCCCAAUUCAAAUUCUCUCGUUUCUGCCCUCACCCCGAAGAUAUUCAAGGCGGUAGCCGGAAUUUAUCGUGAAGAAGGGAUUCCCGCUCUGUACGCGGGCCUCCCUGGGGAAGUUCUCAAGGGUUUCUUCUCACAUGGGUUUACGAUGCUUGCUAAAGAUGCUGUCUAUGCAUCCAUUGUCAGGGCCUACUAUCUUCUCUUGAUUAUGACGCGUCGAUAUCCAUCUCCAGACGAACUCCUGGAACGUGCCCGUGAACAAGCUGAAGAAUAUAGUGAAAUUGCACGCGAAGGAGCUCGCGAUAUAGCAGAACGUGCACGUGGAGGCGCUGAGGAAGCGCUGAAGAACCACUCGGGCAACGUGGCCGUUGAUAUGACCUCGAACGCUACGGCUGCAGCUGCAGCAAGCAAUUUGAGUGCGGGCCAUGGAGUAGAUGCCUCGUCCGGGCUGAAGGUCCCGCCGACCUCUGACGAGGUCAAUGAGACCGCCGAACUGGUUGGAGAUUAUGUUGAGGAUGAAGCGGCAGAAUGGAAGAGUUUCUACCAUUGGUUUUGGGAUAAGGAUCGGGAGCACAAGGGAUAA